UGGAGCUAUAUACGGAUUGGAGAGGAACUUCACAGUCCCUCUGGCACUGUAUCUGCUAGGGCGCACACACGGACAGUGCCAUCACACUCCUGAUUACGCGCUGCUCCUGAGCGGAGGGAUCCAGUCUCUGGUUUUCAGUCUCACUAAUGACCUAACCAUGGGAAUGCCUGGAAACAUAACCGUUCACCCGAACGGAUCUGAUCCGUUUGCGAGAAACGAAGAGGUGGCCCAGAUCGAGAUCAUGGUCCUGAGCAUCACCUUCGUGGUUGCUGUGAUUGGAAAUGUGAGCGUCCUUCUGGGAAUAUACAACACCAAGAAGAAGAUGUCGCGGAUGCAUCUUUUCAUCAAACACCUCAGCCUGGCUGACCUGGUGGUCGCCUUCUUCCAGGUGCUACCGCAGCUCUGCUGGGAGAUCACCUUCCGCUUCUACGGCCCAGACUUUCUUUGCAGGAUAGUGAAGCACCUCCAGGUGAUGGGGAUGUUUGCAUCCACGUACAUGAUGGUGAUGAUGACCGUGGACCGUUACAUCGCCAUCUGCCACCCCCUGAAAACCCUACAGCAGCCCACCCAGCGCUCCUACAUUAUGAUCAUCUCCACGUGGAUGUGCAGCCUUGUGCUCAGCACGCCGCAAUAUUUUAUCUUCUCCCUGAGUGAGAUCAAGAAUGGCUCUGACGUGUACGACUGCUGGGCGCACUUUAUCGAACCCUGGGGCGCCAAGGCAUACAUCACCUGGAUAACUGUGGGCAUCUUCCUCGUGCCCGUGGUCAUUCUCGUGGUGUGCUACGGGUUCAUCUGCCACAGCAUAUGGAAAAACAUCAGAUUCAAGAAAAGAAGGGCUGGUGCUACAAACAAAAACGGGCUAAUUGGGAAGGAUUCGGUCAGCAGCGUCACAACUAUAUCAAGAGCCAAACUGAGGACCGUUAAAAUGACGUUUGUCAUAGUUUUGGCGUACAUUGUUUGCUGGGCGCCGUUUUUCAUAGUGCAGAUGUGGUCUGUCUGGGAUGAAAAUUUCCAGUGGGAUGAAUCUGAGAACACAACAGUGACUCUGUCUGCACUCCUUGCCAGUCUCAAUAGCUGCUGUAACCCAUGGAUAUAUAUGAUCUUCAGUGGUCACCUCUUCCAGGAUUUUGUGCACUGGUUCUCCUGCUGCCACAAAAUAAACACUGACUUUAAGAAUGAGGAUUCAGAUGGCAGCCUUCGGAGAACAACGCUGUUGACUAAGAUGACCUGUCGGAGCCCCACGGGCAGUACUGGCCACUGGCGGGAGCUGGACAAUUCUCCUAAGUCUUCCAUGCAGCCAGACAGAUGCUGAUGGAUUCUCUUUGAAAACACCAUUUACACACACAGAUGCACACAGAGAUGGCUGCACAGGGGCUGGUGGGGAUUUUGACAAAGUGCGAUUGGCCACAGCUGGAGGAGUCUACCUACAGACCUGUUGUUUGGCUAACACUAAAUGUUGAAGAAAAGCUCACACUUUCCACACACUCUACGGCAAAACACUUCCUGAUUUAUU